CAAAGACAGUUACAUCCUCAUCAUCAGACCGCGUUGGUAUGUUUUUCCUACACGCCACUUACACCCGAUGAGCUAUGCCAAUGCCAAUCAGAAUUUCUUGAUGGGUAGGCUUUUCUUUCCCAUCAACAACCCGGCAAAAAGCCCGGAUCACUCCGGCGAGGGUAGUGGUAUAAAUCCCACGAUGGCGCCAUACCUCCUUCAUCACUAAUAGACAGAGAGGCACCACCAUCUCAGCACCAGUCUUUACCCCUCCAGAGAACGGUGCACUCAUCUCACAGACGUUCUUGACCCUUAACCUAUCACCAAAACUGCCAACAAUGGCACCCCAACGCUCUCUCCUCCAAGGAGCCUUCCUCCUCCCCUUCCUCGUCUCCUCCAUCUCUGCCUUCCCCUACAACACCAACUCCGACGCCAACUCCAAGGCUAGAGACCUCAACCUCAACCUCCUGAAACCCCGCUCCCACUUCCCCACCCUAUUCAAACGGCAAAACACCACCUUCACCCCCGCGAACACCAACCCCUCAUCCAACCCUGGCACCCGCCUAGGCUGCUACCGCGACGACUCCGCCUCCUCUCGCCUCCUGCCCACGUCCUUCACCGCUUCGGACACCCUAACGCUCGAAGCCUGCGCCGUCUUCUGCUCUUCGUCUCCUUAUUUUGGGGUUGAAUACGGUCGGGAAUGCUGGUGCGCCAGCUCUUCCUCUGGCUUUUCUCCCACCUCCCCCUCCACUCUUGCCGCCAAGGUCUCUGACACCGAUUGCUCCUUCCCCUGCGCCGGCAACAACGACCAAACAUGCGGCGCCGGUGAGCGCAUCGAAGUCUACACCAACGCUCUGUACCGCCCGCCCAUGAACGCCCAGGUGCCAGGGUUCGACUACCUUGGUUGCUAUCGCGAGUCUUCGCCCCGCUUACUCCCCAACUCUCUUUUGGGAGACGACACCCUCACCACCGCUAAAUGCGCCGCCUACUGCACCAAUCUCUCCUUCCCUUAUUUCGGCCUCGAAUACGGCCGGGAAUGCUGGUGCGGCGUAUCCCCACCCUUCGACUCGCAGAAGGUUCCCGAGACGGAAUGCAGCAUGACUUGCGCCGGUGCCCCUGAUCAGAUCUGUGGCGCGGGGAAUAGGAUUAAUGUCUAUGAAAAGCAGAUGGAGACGCCCGCUGACGUGGGCGACUACCGGUAUCAGGGAUGUUAUACCGACUCGCCCGUCACUGGGGAGAAGUCACUCACUGGAAAAGUCACGUACGAUGCGGCGAUGACGUUGGAUAAAUGCCGGAUGACCUGUGAGAAGGAUGGAUACCCUUAUUUCGGCACCGAGUACGGCAGCCAGUGUUUCUGCGGCACGAAGCUCUAUGAUGGCCCCGAAAAUGACGACGUCUCCGAUGACGAAGACGAUUACCCUCCCCGAGCGCUCAAGGUGCUAGACCGCGAAUGCUCAAUGCGAUGCGGAGGCGACGCAACGAACAUGACCAACUGCGGCGAUGCCAAUCGCUUGUCGGUGUACUGGAACGGCGAGGUCAGUGAAGCCCGUAACUUGGACUCGGACGAACUUGAGGAUGCGGACUUGCCUGGUUGGUUUUAUUCAGGGUGCCACAGGGAUGAUGUGGCGCAGAGGAUCUUGACGGGUCCUUCCACGAGGAGCAACGACAUGACUGUCGAGACUUGCGUGGGAUUUUGCAACACUAGGGGUUUCACUUAUGCUGGGUUGGAGUACCAGACCGAGUGCUACUGCGGGAAUGCGAUGGACUCUGUUAAUCUUGAUGAGGUUGAUGGUAGCCAGUGUGAAGAGCUUUGCUCGGGCGAUGCUGAGGAGUAUUGUGGAGGCCCGAGGAGGUUGAGCCUGUAUACGCUUCGCAACAUCCGCUGAUCAUUGUCACUUGAGGGGCGGUUGGGAAUCAUUGGUGAGGGUUUAGCUGCGGUGACGGGUGGUUUUUCUCUUUGAGAUUUUUCUGCGACAUACACGAUGAGACUGGUUAUAUGAUUGGGUUUAAAGGCGUCUUUGGUUUCGUUUAUGUCGCUUUUAUUAAGUUCCUAACUAUUUUUGCGCAUUAUUAAGUAUCUGUCCCCCAUCCGAGCGAGUACCCGCUGGUG